GGCCGCGGCUGGGCCCGGCGCUCGCCUGGGCGCGGGGCCGCGGCGCCGUCAGCGGGCGGCGGCGGGAGCGGUGGCUCCUGGGCCCCAGGCCGAAGUGUCGGGCGGAGGCUCGGUGCGCGGUGUCGCCUCAGAGGAAGGUUGGAUGGCUGAGCAAGAGCUCGUUGUCCAGAAGAUUCACGAUCGUCGCUGAGGAUUGCAGCAUGUCUAAAGAAAUGCAGGAGCUGCAGAAGCAGUGGCACUCCAUGGUACAGUCCAUCCACAGCAACUCCAAUGUUGUUGCAUUUAUGAACUCUCGUUUUGGCCAAUACUUAGAUGACCAUCCUUUUGUUGCCUUAUCACUCCUGAUGUUUGUUGCAGUGUCUGCUAUUCCUGUUGCAUUUUUUCUGAUUUUUGUUGUUACAACAGCCAUAAUGGCCUGUAUCGGCGUGAUAAUUAUGGAAGGUGUUGUAAUAUCGAUAGGUGGCAUAGCCCUCCUUUGUGUGCUGUGUGGCCUGGGUGCACUUUCACUGGGAGUUUCUGGAGUGCUGAGUGUUUGUUACGUCGUUCUUUCAACUCUGGUCAACUAUUGGUAUACUCAAAAGGGGCAGAUAAGGAAGCAGGAAGCUAAUGGAACUCGGUUGGAGAGGAGACCUUCCAUCUUGGAUCUCUCUGCCAAUAAUGGAAAGAGCGAAUAAAUGGGAUUCUUCCCAUUUCCUUCACAGGCACUUAACUGUACUAUUCUGACCUUUACAGUGUAAUUGUUUACCCGUUGAGCAUUGAAGCUCUGUGCACUGCUUAUAGAAACUGAAAAAAAUCAAUAUGCUUCUCAUAUUGUUACUGUAAGACUAAUAGUAACAAUAACCAUUAAGCAGUGCAUUGUGAUAUCAAGUCUUAUGUGCGUGAUGAAAUGUUCCACAGAAUUUGGUAAAAAGAUAUAACUACUUUUAAGUCAGUGACAGGUGGAAGAAGGGGUGGGCAGGUAUGUGAUUUCCCAUUUACUACUGGAUUUCUAGACGGGGCAUCUUCCAAGAUUUGUAUGCAGCAGUUGGCUGUUUUGGUACAUGGUAAAUGUCAAAGCUCAGCAACACUGGAAAGGUUUUUUGAAUGUUGAAAAAUAUUUCUAAGCCUUAACGGUCUUUGUUAAAACAUUGUGAGCAUACCACGCUAAUGCUUUAUAAUAUAAGAAAAGGAAAAUUGGGUUUUAUUAUGUGUAACUCACGGUAUAAGCUUUCACAUACCUUUAAACGUUGCAUUAUUCUGAAGGGAUAUUUUCCUUGUUUUCCUCAUUGCCUCAGCAUAUCCACGGUAUGCAAUUAGAUCUUGCAUUUUGUCAUAUUUGUUUAGGUAUUUAAAAUGCCUGUUUUGCUUCUCAGUUUUAACUUCUUGUAUGUAUUUUGUUUAAACUUUUUUCAUUUUUGCAAAUGCUAUACUAUUUUUAAGCAUUAAGAAAGUAUCUAACUAUAUUAGUUUAAUAAAGUGUUGUUUGUUUA